ACGCUUCUACUGUUUUGAAAGGAUAAGUCCAUGGCGAAAAACUCUUGCACCGUCUAAAAUUACUGUUUGUGUCGCGUUGCUUGUCAGAAAAUAUUUUUAUUACAGGGAAAUUGGCAAAUGGCUGCCAAAUCGCGUUUUAUUGGCGAUAUGCAUCCGCGGAAUUUUCCUGCUGAAAGGAAACAUAUGGUUCCGGCAAGGGUACCAGCUCAAAAACCAGUUUUGUCUGGCGUUUCUAUGAUUGUCGAUAAGAAUCACCUAAAUAAAGCUCCUGCGAAAAAGUCGUUUACAAAAUGGAAAAAACAACACGACGCCCUGUUCGAACGAAAACACAUUGAAACCACGAGCCAAACGAAGGCAUUCGUCAGUCAAAGAAAAGGCGUUGCGGAUGAACGCUCGGCUAAUGCGGCAAAAUUUGAGUUGGAUUUUAAAAGACUCGCUCCAACACAAACGGAGACUUCUGACGAAUAUAAACAGUUCGAGCAUGACUGUAGCAACCAAUGCGCAAACUUUUCAGCCGCUAACCUGAAACGACCUCAAUUCCAUGGCAUGAUGGCAUUUUCGCAACUAAAUAGAAUGGCGCGAUCUGAAGCGACAAGAAAUACGGUUCCCCUGGUUGGACAACAUGAUAUAAAACCGACUGAGGAAACUCCAUCGAAUCCAUGCAGUUGUCGGUGUGUAGCUGUUGCUUCCAGUCCGAUUUCAAACACGGAUCCCGAAGACCACCCAGCAGCACAAUCAAGUCUGCAAGUCGUUGAUUCAUCAAUGGAGAAGGCUGUUCAGCCUAAGCGGCCACCGACCAGUAAACUACUGGCGAAUAUCGUCGAAGAACAAAUCGAAAUCGUUGAACAGCAAAAGCAAAUUCUCAAGCAGCAGAACGAGAUAUUCCAUCUGCAAUAUCAAAUCGAGAAACUGCUGCUGGUAAACAGCAGUGGCCUGAAGAACGCACUGUCACACAAACAACUACAGAGCACUGCCUCUUCGAAUGCAUUGCAAAUGGAAACUGGUGCAUCAGCUGAGCAUUGCCGGAACUAUUCACCGAACGGUCGAAAGUCAAUUGGUGUGAUGACCAGUUGUCACUUGAACGAAAUUUGUUCACCUGUGGCCAUCGUGGGAAGUGGUUCGCCCAAAGACACUAUGCUGGAACGUAUCAAUAAAAUCAUCGAAAAUUCACCGCCAAUGAUAAACUACAAACAGACCCACGGCAACAGGAACUGUCGCAUCUCUCCGCAUCGAACAGACAUCAAUAUUUCGUCUCAAACUCUCAUCUACAAGGCGUCGGCAAGAAACAAUGUCUCCACGAACGAACCGAAAAUUGCUGACCGUAGCUUCGCAUUGCAUUUGCUGGACAUGAAAUAUCAUCCGGAGACGCCGAUAACGACGCCGAUGAAUCGUCACGUGAGUCCACGACACAACACAAUCGAAAAGUCGAAACUUUCGCCGUCAAAGUCCACCGACAACGACUUUGUGCCAUCCAAUAUAUCUCCGGACAAAUAUGAUUACCUUAUACGACAUGGACUUUUGAAAAAAUAAAUUCUUUUGGGCUGUGACAGCCA